GAAGUGGUUUCAGGGGCCGCCUCACCCCGCAGCCAGCGCAACGCCUGAUUCCCAGCUCUCCCAGCUGCUCCAGCGCAGGAGUGGAAGAAACCCGAGCCUCUCCAAAGUCAACGCAAGCAAAGGGAGGGGGGGUGUUGGCGGCAGCGGGAGGAAUACGCUCUCGGAAAUGUAAUAUUGGCCUUGGGACCCUCCAACCCUUUGGGCUUUCCAAUGGGAUCUUAGAAGCAGCGAAGCAUCGGGAAGGGCAGCAGCCCCGGGCCAGCCAGGAGUUGAACGCUCUGCCCUACAGCUCUUCUGGACCGAGGAGCCCAAAGCCCUGCCCUCACCAUUCACAGGUCACAAUUUUUGUCUGCAUUGAACACACAUGGCUUUGUUACGAAAAAUUAAUCAGGUGUUGCUGUUCCUUCUGAUUGUGACCCUCUGUGGGAUCCUGUAUAAGAAAGUUCAUAAGGGGACUGUGCUCAGGAAUGAAACAGAUGAUGACUCUGAGCCUCCUGAGGAAAUGGAGGAGGAGAUUCCUGUGGUGAUUUGUGCCGCGGCAGGGAGAAUGGGUGCCACCAUGGCUGCCAUCAACAGCAUCUACAGCAACACUGACGCCAACAUUCUCUUCUAUGUCGUUGGACUCCGGAACACACUAUCUCGAAUCCGAAAAUGGAUCGAACAUUCUAAACUAAGAGAAAUAAACUUUAAAAUCGUGGAAUUCAACCCUAUCGUCCUCAAAGGGAAGAUUAGACCAGACUCAUCGAGGCCCAAAUUGCUCCAGCCUCUGAACUUUGUUCGAUUUUAUCUCCCCCUGCUUAUCCAUCAACAUGAGAAAGUCAUCUAUUUGGACGACGAUGUCAUUGUACAAGGUGAUAUCCAAGAACUCUAUGACACCACCUUGGCCCUGGGCCAUGCGGCAGCUUUCUCGGGGGACUGCGAUUUGCCUUCCGCUCAGGACACGAACAGAUUUGUGGGGCUACAGAAUACAUACAUGGGCUACCUGGACUACAGGAAGAAGACGAUAAAAGACCUUGGCAUAAGCCCCAGCACUUGCUCGUUCAAUCCGGGUGUGAUUGUGGCCAACAUGACGGAAUGGAAGCACCAGCGCAUCACCAAACAACUGGAGAAGUGGAUGCAAAAAAAUGUGGAGGAAAAUCUCUACAGCAGCUCCUUGGGAGGCGGGGUGGCCACGUCCCCAAUGCUGAUUGUGUUUCAUGGGAAAUACUCUGCAAUCAACCCCCUGUGGCACAUAAGGCACCUGGGCUGGAAUCCAGAUACCAGAUAUUCUGAGCACUUUCUACAGGAAGCAAAAUUACUCCACUGGAAUGGAAGACACAAACCUUGGGACUUCCCUAGUGUUCACAAUGACUUAUGGGAGAGCUGGUUUGUUCCUGACCCUGCAGGGAUAUUUAAACUCAAUCACCGCAACAGCUGAUAUAAUCUGACAUUUUAAGAAUUUCCUACAUAAAAAUGUCGAGUUGUGCAUUUGUAGCCCUAUUUCAUUGUUCAUGAACAGCACCUUCGACACACACGAUCUACGACGUAAACCACAAAGACUAAUGUGUGCAAACGGUACCCUGGUCGUGCAGGCACGGACUCCUCCAGGACAGGGGCCGUUACGGAAAUCGGGGUGAUGUGCGUGAGCUGGCCUGCUGGAAGGAAAUGAACCCGUUUCUGUUUCAGCAAUUUGCUUACACUCUAAACAACAACUUGUAUUCACAAUUUUUAAAAAUUUCUAAAUGUGUUUUUUCUUAUGUAGCUAUUUUUUUUUAAACAGGUUGCCAGUCUUGUCUUUUGUAAAACAAUGUAUUGCAUUUAAAACAUGAAUGUCUGAGAAAAUAAAAUAUUUGCAGAUUUUCUAAUGAU